AUGUCUGGAAACAACGUCUCUAGUGAAACAAAACUGUCUUGGUAUGAGAUGUGCCUUGAAGAUCCAGAAGUGGAUUACAAUCUGAAAAUAAAUUUUGAUUCUGACGGAGACGACCAAGAAAGCUCCGAACAUGAUUUGAAACCACUAGAAAAAACUCCUGGAUCUGGAAAAGUCCAGCAGGAAUCAGCUGCUUGUGAAAAACAUGAACACAUGGAACAACUUUUAAGGCAGAAAAAAUCAGAGACCCGUGAAGAAAACGUGAGAACUUUAAAUAUUCAACUUAAGGAAAAAGAUGAUUUAUGCGAAGUUCUCCAAAAGCGUUUAAAACAGGAAUAUCAGAUCAGACUCCACCAAAGACUGAAGAUUUUUGAGAAAGACACAAGUAACGAGAACUUAAAGAAAGAAAUCAGUAAACUGAAAGAGGGACUGGGUUUCCAUCAAAGUGAGGCAGAAACCCAGUACAAAAGAAUUAUGGCUUUAGAAAUUCAGCUGCAGAUAAAGGAAGGUGUCUGUGCAGAUCUCCAAAAGCGUUUAGAGGACGAGCCCGAGCUCAGGCGCCAGCUAGAAGACGAACAGAACUGUUUCUACAAAGAGUUAAACAAUCAGAACUUCAAGAAGCAAAUUGGAGAAUUAGAGAAAGAAAACACAGAUCUUAAAGCCAAGAUGGAGAAUUUUUACUCCAUGAAGAAGACAUUGGAUGAGGUGUCUGCACAGCUGGAGGAGAAAUCUUCUCUCUGUGUAAAACUGGAAGAAUGUUUUAACAAAGAAAAGCAGCUGAGAGUCGAGUUAGAGAAAAAACUGCAGAAAAAAGACACCAGUAAGGAGAAAUUACUGAUAGAAAUUAAUGAAUUAGAGCAGGGACUGGAUUAUUAUCAGGAUAUCGCAGAAACCAGACUAAACAGACUGCAGACUUUACAGAAUGAGCUGCAGAAAAAGGAAAGUCUCUGUGAAGAUCUGCAGGAACGUUUAAACCAGCAGAGCCUGCAGUUAGAGCAAGAAUUACAGAACAGUCACAACAAAGACUCAGUUCAUCAGAGUUUAGAAAAAGAAAUUGGAGAUCUGCAGGAGAAGAAUGGAGACCUCAUGAGCAAGUUACAGACUAUGGAGGACACAGAGACCAGACUCUAUAGGGCAAUCACAAACCUUCAGCUGGAGAAACUCAGAAUUAAUGAGCAGCAUGAAGAAGAGCUUGAAGCCCUGAGACUGCAGCUCCAAGACCGUCUCUGCUCUGAGCUCCAGGCUGCUUCUGAAGGGAGUUCACCAGAACCACACACACCUGUGGAGAGUCUGGAGACAGAUCCUACUCAGGAUUGUCAGACGGACACAGACGUUUGUCCUCCGACUGAAAUCUGUCAUGAGUCAGAACUGGUUGGAUCUGUAAGUCUCCAUGAUGACGACUGUCCACCUAAAGAGGACCGUCCACAGACAGUCAGACACCAGAAGAGUGUUUCUAUGUGGAGACGCUUUAAAAAGUUUAUGACUCCGGCGUGCCGACGGAAACACAAAACCACGUCAUAAACAGAUCAUGUGACUGGUUGAACCCCCCCCAGAACACACACAGCCAGAGGAAAAAAACGGGGCUGCAUGUUGGAGACGAUGUAGAAAGUUUAGCUUCACAGCGAGGUCACCGGUUCAAAUCCUUCCCAUGUGAAGUUAGAAUUUUCUCCCUCAUGUAUGCGUGGGUUUUCUCCAGGUGCUCCGGUUCCCCCCACACGUCUCUGGCUGUGUGUGAGUGAGUGAAUGAGUGAGUGAGUGAGUGAAUGUGUGAAUGUGUGAAUGCGUGAGUGAGUGAGUGAGUGAGUGAGUGAGUGAGUGAGUGAGUGAAUGCGUGAGUGAGUGAGUGAGUUAGGGCUGGGCGAUAUCACCCAAAGUCAAUAUAACGGUAUAAAGAGGAUUUCACCUAGAUAACGAUACAUGGAUGAUAGCUACAGGCAUGCGCAGAAACAAAAGUUGUCACAUGAUUUACGCUGAGUCAAUGGCCGUGUUCGAGUUGAGCAGCGCCUCGCCUGGAAAAGAGACGAGAGCAGACGGACGCAGCAGGGGGAGUGGCUGAAAGCCGGCGUUUAAGUGGGACAGAUUUCCCUACAUGUGUAGCUCGCGGGUGACGAUGGGUGAAGAUGUCGUGUUAGAAUUCAUACUUGUUUAAUUUUUUAUUUUAAUUCUGGUGCCUGUUAGCAACUGAAACACAUCCUCACAUGCUUGUGGAUGUCAUAUGUUGUAGACAUGUGCACAUGAAGACAUAACUGUUGUCAAAAGUAAAGCUUAUCAGCUGUAGUUUUAGUGUGCUCAUAGGAAACGUGACAAAAGAAGACAAAACACAUGUGACCAACUAACAUUUCGCAUUCUACCACCGGAUGUUUGGAUCAAGAUGGGAACCAAUCAGAUCUUAGAUCAGGUGAGCGCCAGACGUUUCCCAUCAUCAACCGGUGGAGAGCAACUGCAGAAUUUUGCUCCAAAAUCUGCGGCCGCCUUGAUCUCACGAUGCCUACGUAGGCAUGCCGUAAGAGCAAGUCGGACACAAAUCUAACCAGCAUGCACUGCCCGCCGAUCACCGGUGAUCUAAUCUGCGUGGAACUGGCUCAUCUUGAACACGGCCAUUUUUACGUGACUCAAAGCUUCUUAAAGGGACAUGAACGUCGCCAACCAUCACACAUAUUUUCUUUUUUUUAAUGAUAAAAUUUAUUGACGUGGCAAAAUGAUCUCGAUAAGAGUCAGACAUUUUGAUCACAAUGCAUUUUUUAUUUAUUGCCCAGCCCUAGAGUGAGUGAGUGAGUGAGUGAGUGAGUGAGUGAGUGCAUCCCAUCCGCUGAAUCACCACCUUAACGCGGUGGCUGGGUUUGUGCAUCUCUAUGAAGGCUGAAGGCUGUUGUGUCGGGGUCUCGGCUCCAGGUGAGUCUACCCUGGCAGAGCUUUCUCAGCUGAGAGGUCAGACUAAGAGUGAUUCAAAUACUUAUUUUAUAGAAAACCAUGAAAAGAUGCUUUUGUCACACUUCACACCCACUUAGGUGUUGGCAUUCACAGUUUUCCUGGGGCUUUUUAGUGAUUGUGCUGCAGAAAAAUCAAUAAUUUUCAAAAAACAUUGAAUCUUUCUCAUUUUGGGUGUGUGCUAGGUCUGCACAAUUAAUCGUGAUCUCAAUUCAAAAUGACAACGAUUUUAAGCAGCUGACUAGAUAAAAAAGGACUGUGUUCUCUGUUCUGGUCCUGCCAUGGUCAUCAACAAUCAUGUUGUCAUUUUAAAUGUUAUAUGUUGUUAAAAACCGUGGUUUGCAUUUUAAGAAACAUGCCUAUUACCUACCUCUCUCAUCAUCAGUGUUUAACUUAUUCAAAAGCUGUGUACUUAACCCUCUUUACUUUAACCC